AUGGAAGUUAUGACAACUGAUUUUGCUAAAGUUGUAGCCAAACUUUCAUAUGCUUCAAAAUAUGACUUGGUUGUAGAGGUUAAAAAAUUGGAAUUAAUUGACGAAGAUGAAAUUGACUUGGUGAUUAAAUUUUUUCAUAAACAACAGUACAAUUUUUUUUUUUGGGAGUUUGAAGGUUCCCAAAGAAUGUCCUAUGUAAGGAAGAUUAUGAGAAUGUGA